AUGGCAUAUAUAGAUUAAGAUGGAUUAAAAGAGCUCGAAAAUUAUAAAUAUUUUGGUGGUGAAUAUUCAUGGUUAGACAAAAAAAUGAACCCAUUUUGGCUUUGGUGUUCUGAACUUCUUCCAAAAACCCUUGCACCAAAUACUGUUACAUUCAUAGGUUUUGCAUUUGUUGUAUCCUAAUAUGUAGUAAUGUUAGUAUAUGAUGUAACUCUUACAAGAGAACUUCCCUCUUGGGUUUUCUUAUGGGCAGCUUUUUGUAGUUUUAUAUAUUAAACAUUAGAUGCAGUAGAUGGUAAAUAAGCAAGGAGAACAGGCACUUCUUCCCCUUUAGGAUAAUUAUUUGAUCAUGGAUGCGAUUCAUUUUCUGUCACUUUUUUCCUUCUAGGCGUUGCUUAAGCCGUUAAAAUGCAUCCUUAAUACAUUUUUUAUUUAUUAGUGAUAGUUAGCUAAUUUUGGAGUCACGGAAACUGA